AUGGCCUCUAAGGCUCGUCGGCCCCCGCAGGGGUCUUUAUCAAGGGCCAGCCGAGGGAAGAUACAAGAGGGCCCUGGUGGCUUCCCCCUGAGGCGGGAUGUGGGGGCCCAAGGAACAUCUGGAAGCCUCAAGGGGGUCCCCCUUGUGCAGAAAAUAGAGGUUGUGAGGCGGUUGCCGUUCUACGGAUACCACAGAGACUUUCAUAUUUUCUUGAAGAUAUCGCUAACGGUACCCGAGAUGGUCGGUCCCCUGGCUGGCCUUCUGCUAAAGGGGGUCGUGACAGGCUCUCCCUUGCAGCCCUUUGAAGUACAUCUCAGUUUUCAGAGAGUGACACUCCGGGAGGCACAGAAAUCUGCAGGGCCAUCCCUGUGCGCCUUGUCCCUCGUCACGUGCUCUGAGCAGAUGUCGUGUACUCAAGUUAUGGCGGACCUCCACCUGAAAGGCAUGGCGCCCGUCUUUGUUCACAAGCCCUUCUUCAGGCUCCCUGUGGUACUUCACCCUCUGGCUGCAGCAGGCAUCCAUGGAAGCCCCCAAGGGGGACAUCUCACUCCAGACAGGCCAUCAGGGGCCCUGAGGGACGAUAGUUGGAAGGAGCUGAGCCCAGAUUUUGAAAUGUUAGGGGUAGCGGCCCCCAGAACCUUUGCUGCGCUUGGGUGGGCGAGGCUGCUGGAGCAGAUGCACCAACUGCAUCGAAAGAGUUCAGCUACAGAAGUAAGGGCGAUGCCUGGCCCUGCAGCAGAAACAGCAGCAGAUGAAUCAACCAACAGCAGCAGUAGCAACAGCACAUCCGCUUCACGGUUAUGUGAACUUAUAAUGAAAGCCACUCCACCAAGGGGCCCGCGGGGGCUUCGGUUGCUGAGUGCCCCCCGGCGUAGCAAAUGUGUAUUAGAGGCCGACGCAAGGGUGGAGCAGGUCCUGAAUCCGAUUGCAGCUGCGGAGAUGGCAGAAGCAGAUGCGGCAGCAACAACAGCAACGCGAAGAAAGCAGGAGCGACAUGGGGUCCAGGAAGGGAUUUCGUCGACGCAGACCAAGCAGCAGCAGCAAUCUUCAUCACAGAACCCACUCAGCAACAUCAGCAGCGUUAACAGCAGCAUGAAUAUCAGCGACAGGAGCAGCAGCAACAGCGGCAAAGCAUUUUCUGCUCGGCUUGUUGGCAGCGUCGCGGAAUACUGGAGAGAAGAGGCGGAAAGAGCAGCAUCCCUUGGGUUUCCACCCCCUUCAGCUUCGGGUUGGGGGCCCCAGGGGGGCCUGCGCGAUCCCAAUGGGGCAGUCGCUCCUGAAUUAUGGAGGAAUGCCCUUCACGACACUCUGAAGCGCAUAGACAAGUGGAGACAGCAGCAGCAGCAGCAGGAACGACAUCCAGUGCAGCGGUUGCCCGUGAAACCGAGCGUUGGCAAUGCGCAAGUGCCCCACCCGAAGAAACAGCAGCAGCCGCGGCAGCAUCAACAGCAGCAGUGUAAUGUAGAAGUGAUUCCUUCCUCUUUAUCUUCAGGCUGGGACGCAUCGCAACUGUCUGUGGCAUCUGAUCCCGAGUCAGAGGGUGGCGUGUACACCCCGGGGUCUCCAGCUGUAUCCGCCGCCCCGCCUGAAUUCUUGGAUGCUCCCCUUCAGGUCUCAGGGUCCAAGCCGCAUGAGCCGUCGAUGUUGCCACAGGGUCGCCAGGGUCACUGCCUGGGGCUAUGCAGCAGCCAGGCCCCCGAAGGUGCCCCACGCCUUCUAAGCCAGGGGAGGCCGCCUUCACAAAAGGCUUCCGUUGGGCUACAGCCCGACGCGAAGGCCUCACUUCCUACCCCUGAAGAUCUGCUUGACCUUGCAACUUGCAGGAUGCGUCGGGAGGUAGCAGCGCUGACUGCAGCAGCCUAA